AUGGAGACUCCAACUUCGCGCACAUCCUCAAACACCCGGGAAACCACAUCUCAGGUUGAUACUGAUUGUGACCAAAGCUCGCGUGUACAAGACCUAGAGCGUAUCGCCCGGCACUUCCUCGGCCACUCUGGCACUGCUCCUCUGGACGAUUCUGACAUCCGGCACGCCGUCGAGGAGAUUACCAACCUAUCCCGCGAUCGUGGAAAUGACAGUGAGCAGGGAAUUCAAAAUUCUGGGCCUAGUGCUGAAGAGGAAUCUUUUGACACUCGCUUCGUGUCCAAGGUUACAGCUCACUACUCAGGUGAAUUCUCCCACUGGAAUUUUUCGCAAAAGCUUUGGCGGCGGGUCAGUCAACAGUUAGAAAAAUUAGGUUCCAACAACUUGAGCCAGCGAAUUCAGGUCAAGGACUACUGGCGGCCGACCCAGUUACAGUCCCCGGUGAAUGUUAUCUCCCAGGCGAUGGACCAUUUACCACCAUACCAUAUUGCCCAGUUUUUGGUGAAGCUGUUCUUCAAGUACGUUCAACUGAACUGCUUCUUCAUUGAGGAAGAGUGGAUUUUGGCAAAGGUGCAGCACUCUUACUCGGAAGCCCCUGAAUUCUCAGCCAGCGAUGUUUCCUGGGUCUGCAGUCUCUUCGCCGUUCUAGCCAUCGGCACCCAGGUGGCGCACAUGGAGUCUGGGUCCUCCUUGAUUACAGAGUCCGAAGAAGAUCUUACGAUGUGCUCCGAGGACGAUGUAGGCAAAAUCUUCUUCCACACUGCUCAUAGCCUCGUCCCGGAUGUCAUGGCUCUCGCGUCUCAAGAAAGCGUCCAGGCUUGCCUACUACUCGCCAAGUACGCCAUGCCACUGUCAACUGGGGGCCUGUCCUAUAGUUACCUAGGACUUGCCAUGAAUAUGAUCAUCUUGAACGGGAUGCACCGGAAAUACACAGGCAGUGGGUGUGAUGCCAAGACCAUCGAGACAAGAAACAGACUCUUCUGGACCGCUUACACUCUACAACUUUAUAUCAGUGUAAUGCACGGCCGUCCGGUGUCUAUUGCACAAUCUGAUAUUAGUGUCGAACGUCCAGUUGACUUUCCUGGGCUUCGUUCACCUAAUUUUGCUAAUUUAAUUGCCUUUAUCGAGUUUAAUGAUUACCUAGCCGAAUCAUCUGAGGCUUUAAAACAAUUCAGGAAAUGCCCGAGAUCUCUCUUUCCGGAGUACGCCGCGAGGCUGCUCCAGGUUCGUGAUCGGAUCAAGUGCUGGUGGGAGAGCCAGGCACGCAGUAAUAUUGAAUUCCAAUAUUCAGACCACAACGCACCGUCGUUCCGGGCAUUCGCCCGUCUCAAGCUUUGUUACCUGCUUCUCUACAUCUACAUUGGGCGGCCUUUCCUUUUCUUGGACGAAUCUCAUCUACAACCUCCUACAGUUGACGCAAACUCGACACGCCAGCAGCGUUCGGCGAGCGUCACGGGCAUAUCAAGCCUAGCGGAUGGCUGUGUCCAUGGCGCCACACAGAUCAUUGAUCUCCUGCAGUCUCUUUCCGAGAGUGUCGGCCUGUCUCGAGCUUCCUACACCGAGUUCAGCUCAUGUCGAGCAUCUCUACUGGUACUCCUGACGGAAUGGCUUCGCUCGGGAGAACGCAAAAAGGUGGCAGCCGCCCUCGACCGUGGCAUGAAUCUUAUCCACCAAAUGACGGGUGGGAACUCGAACAAGUCUGAGGUGUCCUUGAUCGAGUAUCUUGAACGUGCAAUCAAAUACAUCUCGGCGGCACAUCCAGAUCAAGACCUACCCAGCAACCGUCCUUCAGCAGUCCGAGAACUAGAGAGCGCGUAUUCAAGCUUCAAAAACUGGGCACAGUUGAAAAGGUCUGAAAGUGCGGCAGGGAACGACCCACACACCUCUUCGCUUGGUCCCCGGCUGAUGAGUCCUUCAAAUUCACAAAGUGAUUUGAUUGAUGCUGCCGAUUUAUUCAACACGGCUUGGUCUUUUAGCGAUGACGAUGGCAGUCUGGAUCCCUUCCUUUUCCCCCUUGUUCCUGGCCAAGGCUAACUUUAAGCUCAAUUUGCUCAUCACAAACGUCUUGCCCAACAUCUCUGUCCCAUGUACCACAGAGCUAGUCUUUAGUCUAACCAAAAAUCAAAUACUUAACGCGCUUAUGCCACGAUGCGUGCGGAACUUCCACUUCGGCCUUAUUCCGCAAUUCUUCCUCAUUCAGUCGGUCCUGCUCGUCGAACG